ACUAUGAAGGAAGCAUGAUGUGAUUUAGAAUGAAACCGAUAAAACAAAGUGUUGUAACUCGCUGUUAAAUUCUACUGAUGCCUUUUAAGUUAGACUUUAGUAUCUUUACUUUUUAAUAUAUUUAGUACUUUAAUAUAUUUAGUACUUGUUAGAAAAGUGAAAAUAUAUUUGAGGGUUUUUUUUUUGUAAUUUCCAUGCAAUUUAAUGUUGACAAGCUUAAUUAUUGUAAUUAUAGUUGUUUUUUUAACCUCAUAAAUAAUCAGAUAGUUUUGAAUCAUGUAUCUGGGAUUGUUUUUACUCAGAUACUCUGCUGUUCAGAUCAGACAGCAUGUCGGAUCUGUUCACUGGGUCAUUCCGACAUCCUCCUGCCUUUCUAGAGGGUUACACGUGACUGCCAGUAGAAGGCCGUAUGAUGUCAGGAAAGUGGAACUGACUCCACUGGAGCAAAGAAAACUGACCUUCGACAGUCAUGCUCUGGUCAAAGAGCUGGAAUCAAACGGGUUUGAAAAGAAGCAGGCAGAGUUGAUUGUCAGUGCGCUGGUCACUCUCACAACAGCCAACAUGGACAUUGUGUACAGGGACAUGGUAACAGGAGCUCAUCAGGAGAUUGCUCUCCAGCAAAUUAUGGCUCAUCUGGAUUCCAUUAGGAAGGACAUGGUUAUUCUGGAGAAAAGUGAAUUUGCCAACUUGAGAUCGGAAAACGCAGUAUGUUACUUGCAGAAAAUGAAGACUGAACUUGAGCAGAUCAAGAACAGAUUGCUUGAGGAAAGUCAAAAAAUCAGAGCAGACACAAAGUUGGAUAUUAAUCUUGAGCGAAGUCGAGUAAUCGACAUGUUUACAGAGCAUGAGAAAAAACUGAUGGAGGUCAGCUCUGAGUUUCACCAAAAAAAUGCUGAAAUCGAAUCCAGCUCAAUUGAAACCACUAAGAAAAUAGACGUCGAAGUGGCUUCACUGAAAACACUCCUGGAAUCACUGAAGCUCCAGACGAUCCGAUAUCUCGCAGUGUGCAUCUUCUCCUGUUUGGCAGUUGGCCUUGGUGUCUACAGAUCAUGGAAUUAAAAUAAAUGGCUUUUAUGUUA